AGCGUCGUUCUGGAGUGGUAACAUCUAACUUCUUCGACAAAAUGGAACAGCGUAGUUAAAUACAUGAAAACUAGUUCACUUUCAUAAAACCAAUUUGUCCUUUGGAUCUUACUCUCUCGCACUGUCUCACGCAGAGAGAGAGAGAGAGAGAGAGAUGUCGAGGCGAUCUGGGGCAUGCUUGAGGUGGUGUUUGGUGGUUUUUGCAGUGGUAUCAGCUCUGGGAGUGUGUGGGCCGGCUCUGUAUUGGAGGUUCAAAAAGACUAUGAGGCUGGGGGGUACCACAGCCUCUUGCCCUCCUUGCAUCUGUGAUUGUCCUCCUCCUCUGUCCCUUCUCAAGAUUUCUCCUGGGUUGGUCAAUCUGUCCAUCACAGAUUGUGGAAGUAAUGACCCAGACCUCAAGCAGGAGAUGGAGAAGCAAUUUGUUGACCUUCUGUCAGAGGAGUUGAAGCUGCAAGAGGCUGUUGCUCAGGAGCAUGCUCACCAUAUGAACAUUACCUUUGCUGAAGCUAAACGGGUGGCUUCCCAGUACCAGAGGGAGGCGGAAAAAUGCAAUGCUGCCACUGAAACCUGUGAGGAGGCCAGAGAGCGGGCUGAGGCAUUGCUGAUCAAGGAAAGAAAGGCGACUUCAUUGUGGGAGCGACGCGCCCGUCAAAGGGGUUGGGAAAUGGAGUAAUUGACUGCAGGACGUGAUAUAUUUUUUUUUUCAGACCAAGCAGUGAAUUGUUCCACCCUCGGUUUAUUUAUAUAGGCAGGAAAGCAAGGUGCCUGAGUUGUCAUUUUGUGGAAGCAGAACUCCUCUCUCUCUCUCUCUCUCUCUCUCUCUCUCUCCUUGUAGUUGUUGCAUUGGCCUUUUAUGUCAUGUGUGCAUUAGUCUUUAAGCUAUAAAUGACAAUGUAAAGGUUUUCUCGGUUCUACCAUUCACUAAUACAAUCAUAUUCUGAUGA